AUGAAUGUAAAAGGCACUGAUAAUACUAAAGGCAAUGUAGCUCCUGGGGAAGGUGCUGAUGCAAUGACAGGUGAUGGACUAGGGUUGGGUGCAUCAACUGGGGAUGGGGCAGAAGUGGUUGUAGGUGCAAUAUUGUUUGUAUGGGCAUGUAUAUUCUCAGCACCUACAGAUGAAGAAGGUAUAGGUGCAGGAGCUACAGUAAAUGUGAAGGUAGCAGAAUGUAGGGAAUAUAAUGGAUUGAGCAACGUUGAAUACCCUGCCAUAAAUUUCAGAAAACACAGUGCAGUUUUGACAGAAUUUGGUGGGGUUGGUGAUGGAAAAACAUCGAACACGAAGGUGUUUCGAUCUGCAAUAAGCAAAUUGAGCCAAUAUGCUUCUGAUGGAGGUGCACAACUUGUUGUGCCACCUGGAAAAUGGCUAACGGGACCCUUCAAUCUUACAAGCCAUUUCACUCUCUUUCUCCAAAAGGGUGUUGUUCUUCUUGCUUCUCAGAAUGGCCCCAACUUCCUGUACUACCUUCUUAUGGAAGAGGAAGAGAUGCUCCUGGUGGAAGGUCAAAAUGGUACAAUUGAUAGUCAAGGAUCUUAUUGGUGGGACAAGUUCCACAAGAACCAAUUGACUCUCAGCAGGCCAUACAUGAUUGAGAUCAUGUACUCUGAUCAAAUACAAAUAUCAGAUCUCACUUUGGUCAAUUCCCCAAGCUGGUUUGUCCAUCCAAUUUACAGCAGUAACAUAAUUAUAAAAGGGCUUACCAUUCUUGCACCAGUGACCUCUCCCAACACAGAUGGAAUAGACCCAGAUAGUGCCAUGGUUGCAUUAGGCAGUGAAAUGUCUGGUGGAAUUGAAUGA